AUGUUCAUCCGCGUGGCUCUCCUGCUACUUUUAGCCAACCUGGUUCUAAUCGACAGUUUGAAGGUUCAGAAAGUUUUGAAGGAUAUUGGAAAACGAUUCUCUCAACUUGACAAGGUGAUCAAGUCAAAGAAGACGCAGUACACUGUUCAGAAUUCAGAAUUUCUUGGAUUAUAUUUGAACAGCGAAAAUGCAUACGAACUUUACUCCGAGGCUUCAGUUCUUGAUAUUAAAGCGAGAACUUCUCGCCAAGUGAGAAACAGCUUCAUCGAAGCAUCCUCCACACAGAACUACCGUUUUCAAGAUGCUCUGGUGUAUAUUGAAGGCAUAAUGCUCUCGAAUUUCACUGCAGAAGUUUACCAAUACAUAAAAUACUUGACGCACAGCGCAUCUCAACACAAGGGAUGGUAUUUGAAAGCUAUUCCGUUAGGAUUCGAUGAAACAGAUAAACAUACAUUGAAGUUCAAACUUGACCUUUUGCUGAAAGAUAAACUGGAUGUUGACGUCAAUUUAGAGUUCGAGUUCACAAUGAAGACAAAGUUUUCCGUUUAUACUAAUAGAUUUUUCUAUCUGGCGAGUAUUGUUCAAGGUGGAACAUGUGCAGAUAAAGGAAUCGUUGGCCAUACGAACUCUGAAUUUCAAGGGAUUGAUUCGUGGAUAGAAAAUGUGGAGGGACUGAAAAAGAAGCCAACAACCAAGUUGUUCUUGAAACUUUUCACUCCAGCAGUCUAUCAAUAUCUCGAGGAAAAUCCGAAUAAACUCCCGAGAUACUGGUUGUCUGGAAUCAAUUCCACUCUUACCAAGAUCAACGUCUGUCAUGAGAAAGUGACUGAACCCGUUGAGUAUACAGAAGACCAAUUCCGUUCCUGGUACGCUCAAUUCGGAUUGAUGUGGCAUCCAAAAGAAGGAUUCGAAAAUCAAACGUAUUCCCUUCAGUUGAUUGAGUUGCUUGAUGACUCAAUUACUGCUAAAAUUACAAUGAAACUUCAAAUGGGAAGAGACAAAGACGCAGAGUUGCAUGAUUGGGAUUUUAAGAUGUUGGCCAAAAAGAAGUACCAAAUCGACGAGGAAACAGCCAUUGAUCUUCCAGCUGCCGACACCGCCAUAUUCCGUUUUAAAACUGUUUCACAAGCAGCUGAUUCGACUGAUGAAGAGAAAGUAGAAACUGAACAUGAAUGGUCAUUUGAUAUCAAAUGGGACCAAAUGGAUCAAUUCUAUUACAUUGAGAAAAUGGGAAUCGGAUGUGCAAAACCGUGGACUGUGAAAGGAGUUUUCAAGAGUAUUGUUGACGCAAUCGGGAAAAAGAAAUAA